UUCUAUCAAAAUUGUCAUCACUGCCUUCACAGUAGACACGUAACCAAACCUCUCCUCACCGGCCGGAGAGACAAAUCGAGGGAAUCAGGGAGAAAGAAAAUUAAAUAAUUCAGUCAAAAUUAUGGCGUACUCGGCGUCUCUAUCUUCUCACAUUCCUUUCCACACCAACUCCAGAUUCUGCGCAUUCCCUUCAAAACUCCCCAACAAACAUAAAACGACGCCGUUCAGGACCACCAUAACUACCACCGCCAUUCCCUCUCUAUUCACCGCCGCUUCCGUCACCGACCUCUCCGCCGUGGAAGGAACCACCAUUGCUCUCAUAGGCGGAGGUUCCGUCGCCGCCCUAGCAGCCGUUCUCUCCCUCGCUGACCCCGAACGCCGACGUCGCCUCCAAGCCGAAGAAGUCGGCGGUGGCGACAAAGAAGUCGUCAAAAACUACUUUAACAAUUCCGGUUUCCAGAGAUGGAAGAAGAUUUACGGAGAGACCGAUGAUGUCAACAAGGUCCAGCUUGAUAUUAGGCUGGGGCACUCGAAGACAGUUGAAAAUGUGAUAAAAAUAUUGACUGAUGAAGGCUCGCUGAAAGGAGUGACAGUUUGCGAUGCCGGGUGCGGGACAGGCUGUCUCGCAAUUCCCUUAGCGAAAGAAGGGGCGGUUGUUUCGGCUAGCGAUAUUUCCGCUGCCAUGGUGGCUGAGGCUGAGAAACAGGCGAAGGAGCAGUUAGUAGUAGGGAAUGGUGGUAUUGCGCCGGUUAUGCCAAAAUUUGAAGUGAAGGAUUUGGAGAGUUUAGAUGGAAAAUAUGAUACUAUGGUGUGCUUGGAUGUUCUAAUACAUUAUCCGCAGAGCAAAGCAGAUGGAAUGAUUGCUCACCUUGCUUCACUAGCUGACAAGCGAUUAAUUUUGAGCUUUGCACCCAAGACAUUUUAUUAUGAUCUGUUAAAGAGGAUUGGAGAGUUGUUCCCAGGGCCAUCUAAGGCGACAAGGGCAUAUCUUCAUGCGGAGGCAGAUGUGGAAAGGGCAUUGAAUAAGGUUGGGUGGAAAAUAAGGAAGAGAGGGCUAAUCACUACACAGUUCUACUUUGCAAGACUCAUUGAGGCCGUUCCUGCCUAAUGGAAGAGAGGUUAGAUUUUAUUUUUGCUUUGUUUUACUUCUACUGGAUAGAAAUGUCGGGAAAUUUUUCUCAGGUUUUCUUAGCCCUGAUUUUCCUUGUAUGUCAUUAUUAUAUUUGUAUGUCUAUGUGACUAAUUGUAUAUUUGAUGUCUUUGUAUCUACUUCUGAUACUUGUUCAAAA